AUGAACGUACAACAAGAGCACCCUCCUGCCUACGCCCACGAGCCAGACCAGCUCCAGCUGCCAUCGGUGCCGCAGCACGACCUACCUUCCAGUCCGCAGUCCAGCACAAGACAACAUCUGCCCGGAAUUAAGGCGCUGCAUCUCCCGCCCACCAAAGUCGCUCGAAACUACACCACGAACAGCAGCCAUGUCGUCGUUGACGUGAGCAAGAAUGCCUCCAACGACCCGCAACAAUGGCACUAUACACUCCCUUUGUCCCAUACAAACUUUCCCCAGGUCCCUACGACGGUCCCGCGGGCUGCAGCAGAGGAGAGCAUAGGCAGUCCCAUGGACGACGUGCAGAGCAUGGCCAGCGUCGAGGAUCAGCACAGCUACAAGUCGGCCAGCAUUAUCUCCAUGGAUGAUCCCGAUGUUCGCUUAGCCGCUGAGGCAUUGUCAGGGUUGGGCAAUCCAGACUUUGUUCGUUCGCCUACCAAUCGCAGCAUUGCACUCCCUCUGGGCCAGGACCAAGACCCAGAGCCUCUUCUGAAGCUCAUCACCUCGAGCCACCCCUGGGUAGGGGGUACUAUCAACGGGGCACACACUGUCUACACCACCACAAAAUCAUAUACGCCACGCUUUGUCCAAAAUAGCGCCGACUUCAUUGAAAGGAACAUUGGCUCUCCCCUCACCAACACCGUCAGCUCUGUGGGACGGCGUACCGGCGUCGAGAAGAACAUACGUCGCUACCUCUCAGAUCAACGUCGCCCCAGCGAUCUUGAAGACGGUAACUCUGCAGAAGCCCCUGGCCACAAGAGACGGCGCGUCAUGAGUGGUGAUCCCAUGGAAAUCGUCGGCGGCUUCCAGACCCCACGUACACGCGGCGCGUCGCAAAGCUCUCACGCAGAGACUCUCCCAGCAUACGACGACCACCGUUCCCCGCAGUACGAAGAAGUCGCCCUCGGAGAGCUGGACGUCGAGAAGCACCCACAAGACCAGGACCAAAGCCAGGAUCGCCGUGUCAAUUGGCCCACUCAGCUUAUGAUCACAACCUCUGGUCUAGGCGCCGCCCUCUCGGAUUCCUCGCUCAGGUCUCUGAAGUUCUGCUUGGGACUCCUGCGCACUGCGACGACCCACGUCGACCAGGUCAUGCACGCUCUGAAGCUGGUUCUCGAAGAGUACGAGCGAGCUAUGCGCUCACGAGAGCAGUCCGACGGCCAAGGCGACGUGGAAUAUCAAGCGGCAAUGUCUUCAACGACCCAGAACAUGUCCCCCGAACGCGAAGACCAGGUGCGCGCAAUCGCGAAUCGCAUGAAGGCGCUCAGCGCGGAUAUCUGGCAGACCAUCCAAACCGUCGUAUCGUCCGUCAACCGCUUCACAGGCGGCGCCUUGCCCGAGAACGCUCGCGCUGUCGUCUCUCGCCAAGUGCUCAGCCUGCCGCAACGGUGGCAGGCGGCGGAACGGCGGACGGCCAGCUCGGGGGAGCAGCAGACUGGCGAGGUGCGGACGGCGCACCGCAUGCUGAAUUUUGCGCGAGAGGGGCUGGAUAUGAUGGCGCAGGUGAGCACUGUCGUGGACGGGACGGUGGUCAGUGCCGAGACGUGGCUAGACCGGAUGGGCAAGCGGCGGCGAGACGAGGGCGAAUUGGAGAAAGAGGGAGGGUUGGAACAGACGCGGGUUGUGGAUUUUGGGCGAGAGAAGAGCACGGUCUGA